CUCCAUCCUUUCGGCCCCGGCGGCGGCAGGGCUGACCAGCAACGCCUCUUUCGCGUUCUCCGUGCCCGCUCUCCGCUGUUCGCGUGCUCCGCCGCCAUGACGGAGCAGGCCAUUUCCUUCGUCAAGGACUUCCUGGCUGGAGGCAUCGCCGCCGCCAUCUCCAAGACGGCCGUAGCCCCCAUUGAGAGGGUCAAGCUGCUGCUGCAGGUGCAACAUGCCAGCAAGCAGAUCACGGCCGACAAGCAGUACAAAGGCAUUAUGGACUGCAUCAUCCGCAUCCCCAAGGAGCAGGGUGUGCUGUCCUUCUGGAGGGGCAACCUGGCCAACGUCAUCCGCUACUUCCCCACGCAAGCCCUCAACUUCGCCUUCAAGGAUAAGUACAAGCAGAUCUUUCUGGGGGGCGUCGACAAGCACACGCAGUUCUGGAGGUAUUUUGCUGGCAACCUGGCCUCCGGGGGCGCGGCCGGAGCCACCUCGCUCUGCUUCGUCUACCCCCUGGAUUUCGCCAGAACCCGUCUGGCAGCCGAUGUUGGGAAAUCGGGCACAGAGCGGGAGUUCAAAGGCCUGGGAGACUGUCUGGUGAAGAUCACCAAGUCUGACGGGAUCCGGGGCCUGUACCAGGGCUUCAAUGUCUCUGUGCAGGGCAUCAUCAUCUACCGGGCAGCCUACUUUGGCAUGUACGACACAGCCAAGGGUAUGCUCCCCGACCCCAAGAACACCCACAUCGUGGUGAGCUGGAUGAUUGCCCAGACUGUGACGGCCGUGGCUGGUGUGGUCUCCUACCCCUUCGACACCGUGCGGCGACGGAUGAUGAUGCAGUCUGGGCGCAAAGGAGCUGACAUCAUGUACACGGGGACCCUCGAUUGUUGGAGAAAGAUUUUCAAAGACGAAGGCGGCAAAGCCUUUUUCAAGGGCGCCUGGUCCAACGUCCUCAGAGGCAUGGGGGGAGCUUUUGUGCUGGUCCUGUACGACGAGCUGAAGAAGGUCAUCUAGGCACAUCCGCCUCCAACAGAAACGGGGACCAAGAGGAUCACGUAGGAUACUCUACUUUACUGUUACAGACCAUUGAUCUUCAAAAAAUUCCAGUCGUCUCUGUCCUGGGCAGAUCAUGUCGGUAGAGGGCUGUGGACUGCUCUAGGAAAGGGGCUCAUUGUGAUCACGUUCGCCAAUUGGUGCUUCAAGUCCAUGUGUUGAUGACUGGGGGUGGGAAAUCAUGACGUCAUCGUGGGUCCGUGGUGAGGCAUCUCUGCCACUCAGGCCUAGAGUGCAGAUGCUUGUAGGACCCGGGUUGUGUUUAAGUGUUUAUUUAAAACAAGAGUUGCGUCUCCCAUUUGUACGUAAGCACUUGCUCCUCUUUUGCACAGCCGAAUGUUUGCAGUUAUGUUCUCAGUUGGGCAUUCUGCUGCAAAACAAUAAAAACAGGACAUAGA